AUGAUCUCGCGAAAGAUACUCCUGAAACAAGUACUGAUCAUAGGAGCAGUUGCUCUGGCUUAUUUACAAGUGGCCAGAUGCUUGCCAGAGGACAGGUAUGAACAUUGGUAUAAUAUAGAACACUUUUGGAACAAAAAGAUAAGCUAUAUCGAUGAACAAGUUAAAAUUCGUGCAGAGUUUCUUGAGAGAGCAGAGUCUAUUGUCAACUCUGAGAAAAUGGGAUUAAAUUUUAAUGCUGGUGAUUACAUAGAGAAAGGAAAAGAAAUUAUGCCAGAAAUAAAAGACGAUUUAGAGUCUAUUAAAACAGAUUUUAAGCUGCUCAAAGACUUA